AUGACCACCGACGCUGAAUCGCGACGCGCUAAGAAGCGCCAAACAGACAGGAAUGCGCAAAGACAGCAUCGGAAGCGGCAGAAGCAGUACAUCGAAGGACUCGAGGCUCAGAUAUCUCUUCUAAAAUCAGCCGGCAAGACUGAAGCCUCCCAGCUUGCUGCCCAGAACCUGCAAUUACAAGAUGAGCUCCAACAAAUGCGCGGUCUCUGGGACGAGAUGGAGAACAUACUGCAACGCCAACGCGACCUAAGAUCAAACUCGAUACUCAAUGUACCAUUGGUCUGUUCUGAUGGUAGUCCGACGGCCAGCUACGAUAGCAAUAACGAGAGGGACGCUUCUGCACAGGCAUUUGCAGUGAGGUCUUCGAGCUUCAACGACACCACUCAAGUGCGUCCUACAGUACAGCCCGCACCAGUGGCUGUGAAUGACCACUUGCAAUCCACCGGACUCUCAGAUCUGGAUGGACUUAUGGUUCACGACACAACAUCGAGACACGAUCUACCAGACGACCUAAUCCAUUGCGCGACAUUGGAUCUGCAUGAUAGCUCCCACCUACUAAACACAGACGGUAAUGAGAUGGAUGCGAUUCUCGGAGACGACUUUCAGCUGGCCAAUAUGGAUCAUUCAGAUGAAAGCGACAGAGCCACGACCGAAUUCAGUCACUCGCAAUCCCUCACAGUCCGGAAUAAAGACUCAGACCACUUCUCUACGAUGGAUUCAUCACAGAUACAGACGCCUCGGGGACAUGAAUCCGAAGCCGCCAUGUCCAUGAGAUGGAUAAGCAGCCCGAGUCACCUGCUGCGAGAUAACAACGACAUGGAUCACUUCCCUGAAGUCGAGGACAGUUCAUCGUAUCAGCGCGAAAAGCAGCGCACCCCGGAUCCUCUCGACGGCUUCACCGAGUUAUUCGACGCUUGCAUGAAGCAUAACCUCCCCGCCUUCCGCCCAAGCAUGUCCAUGCUAAUGUUUUCAUCGGCUGCGAAAGACGUGUUAUUACAUGAUAUGAUACAGCGUGCUAGCCAGAACCCAGAGUCCAUCGGCCCACCGGUCCUGAUAGACUUUCUGGUUGAUAAUAAACAGAAUUCGCUAUCGACUGAUCUGAAGAUGUAUUUGGAGCCGGUGCGGAAAACGCGCCGGACUUCAGAGUAUCUCGCCACUUAUUGGGUUUUGUAUCUACUAUUGAGGUGGCAGAUUGUUCGUAGUGAAGAUGCCUACCAUAGCCUGCCGCCUUGGCUUCGACCAACACCCUUGCAGCUAGUCGUGCAUCACCCCAUGGCAGCUGAUCUUAUUGCAUGGCCCGCGAUUAGAGAAGGUCUUGUUCAGAUGUCAAUGUCAGAUCCCGAUCGUGUGUACGAUGUUUCUACCGACAUUGGAAAAUAUCUCACUGUCGAAAUCUCAACGUCUGAAUCUGAUCUCGUACAUGACCCGCAGCAACUCGUCUCCAAGAUAUUGGAUUUGAACAAUUGGAAGCUGGACAAGGAGUUCUUUAAUCGAUAUCCACAAUGGAAGGGAAACACUACCUGAAUACAAUGGUUUUAACAUGAAUAACAUAACAAUCUAUAAUUAUUCUGAGAAUAGAGGCUUUGCUAUAUGUUCUGGAUCCAAAUACCAUGCCAAAUCUCCACCAUUCACUUCAGGCAACGUGAAGCCAUUGCCCAUAAACUCGAACCUAUUACGGCUUCUGUAUUGGAUGCUGUAGUGCUCGUAACGAGGGUUCUCAA